UAAUAUUUGUUAGUGUUUUCAUUUAAUCAUAACAAAAUUGAAUAAAUCAAUAUUUUUUUGUUCUCAAUCAUUUAAUAGUCGUUUAUUUUAGUGCUUUAUCAUGAAUAGGGAUUACAAUAGUGGUGAUUAUGGUUCAUUACCUGAACCUCCGAGGCAACCUGAAGGUUUUGGUUCUUUUGACAAUUACCAACAAAACCCUGGUAUGAUGGGUCAACCGAAUACAUCUGGUUAUCGUGGUGUUGAACAAUCAAAUUAUGGUCAACAAUCAUCUUUUUAUAAUAGACCUACGACAAUUCCAGGUACACCGGCUCAAUCAACACCUGCCAUACCAUCUUUAUCUGAAGAAGAUGUAGCUAUAUUCAGACAAACUCAAAAGGAUAUCAUGUUUAAAAAAUUUUUCCCAGCUGCUGUUAUUGGUUGUGGAGCUAUUUUCAUGGCUCAUCAAAAGAAAAUCAUUAAACCUAGUGCAUGGACUUAUGGUAUAUAUCUUUGUGCAGCAUCAUAUGUUACACAGUUUACUGCUCGAAAUGAGUUGCGACGUCGAGUUGCUGAAUCUUCAUCACAGUCACCAUUUGCCCAGCAAGUUAGAAUGCAACUUGGUUAUGUAAAUAAACAAAGAGAUGGCUCGUUCGGUGAAUUUUCUGAUCCUACUUUUGCUGGUUCUAAUGCUACUAACACAGGAAGCUUCUCAGCUUCUACAACGCCACAAUAUUCACCUUACAACCGUUAUCAUAGACAGAAACAGUUCAAAUCAAAUGAAUUUUCUGAUGAGUUUGAUUCGGCGGAUAAAGAUUUAACUGAAUUUACUGCUGACCCAAAGGAUGUCUCAAAUAAUAUGAACACCGAAUUUUCUCCUGAUGAUAUUCUUGCUGGUGAUACUGGCUUUAGGACUAGAAGAGUUGUUGAUCAAGCCGAUAAACCUGAGAAAUCCCGGUUAACCUAUGAAGAGUUGAGAAUGCGGAAUCGCGCCCAAUAUAAUUCUAGUCCAGGUCCAUCUAAUAUGCAGCCAGCACAACCAAUGCAUAGUAAUCAACCAGAUAUGUACAAUAAUGUCAAUAACAGAGUUGGAUCUUUUUAGGAUAAUAAGAUGCUCCAUGGAUCUUUCCCCUUACAUUUCUCGAGAUGAAGAAUCAUCCUCCAGAUAGUUGUAACUUUGGUUUUUCUUAGAUUAAAUCAAUUUAAGAUGUUUAA